UCGCCCUGCCUCGCUGCCAGGAAGUUCAGGAACUCGGACACCGCCCCGGCCUCCCCCCAGCCCCCGCCGCUUCGUCUCCUCCAUUGUUGAGCAAUAGACUGUCUCAUCGAAACGACCUUAACCGAAACUCUCCACUCUGCUAAAGCGCUCCUAACUUUUCCAAACGUUUGUUAACAUUUUGACACAUAAAGCGACUUUAACUUGUCGGCAGGCGAGUGCAACUGGACGGAGCCUCUGAGCACCAGACACGAUGACGAGCAUCAACACACCCAACAUCAACUUCAAGUGGGACCCAAAGAGCCUGGAGAUUCGUACUCUGGCAGUGGAGAAGCUACUGGAGCCCCUUGUUACCCAGGUCACCACUUUGGUCAACUCCAGCAACAAAGGGCCAUCUAACAAGAAGAAGGGACGCUCUAAGAAGGCUCAUGUUUUGGCUGCGUCAGUCGAGACUGCUACCCAGAACUUCCUUGAAAAAGGAGAAAAGAUUGCAAAGGAAAGUCAAUUCCUUAAGGAUGAACUCACUGCUGCAGUGGAGGAUGUCCGCAAGCAAGGUGAAUCGAUGCGACUGGCCUCUGGAGAAUUUGCAGAAGACCCCUGCUCCUCUGUGAAGAGAGGCAACAUGGUCCGUGCUGCCCGGGCGCUUCUUUCCGCCGUCACACAUCUACUGGUUCUGGCCGACAUGUCUGAUGUUUAUAAACUCCUGCUGCAACUUAAACUGGUGGAGGAAAAUCUGCUGAAAGUGCGGAAUGCUGAAACGGAGCAGGAGUUGGGAAUCCAGUAUAAGGCCCUGAAACCAGAGGUGGACAAGCUGAACAUGAUGGCUGCCAAGAGACAGCAGGAGCUAAAGGACGUCCAUCACAAGGACCAAAUGGCUGCAGCACGGGGGGUGCUGCAAAGGAAUGUCCCUAUGCUGUACACGGCAUCCUGUGCCUGCCUGCAGCAUCCUGACGUGGCAGCCUACAAGGCUAACCGUGACCUGAUCUACAAGCAGCUGCAGCAUGCCGUCUCUGGAAUCUCCAAUGCUGCCCAGGCCACCACCACGGAAGACUCAGCCCUGAACCAGUCAGCAGGGGGUGGAGAGCUCGCCUAUGCACUCAACAAUUUUGAUAAACAAAUCAUUUUGGAUCCUGUGGGCUUCACUGAGGAACGCUUUCGUCCUUCGCUGGAGGAACGCCUUGAGAGCAUUAUCAGUGGAGCUGCUCUCAUGGCUGACUCUUCAUGCACACGUGACGACCGCAGGGAGCGCAUUGUGGCUGAAUGCAAUUCUGUGCGCCAGGCUCUGCAGGACCUCCUGUCUGAGUAUAUGGGAAAUGCAGGAAGAAAAGACAGGAGCGAUGCUCUGAACACAGCCAUCGACAGGAUGACAAAGAAGACCAGAGAUCUUCGCAGACAGCUGCGUAAAGCUGUGAUGGACCAUGUCUCUGACUCAUUCCUGGAAACUAAUGUUCCCCUCCUGGUCCUGAUCGAAGCCGCCAAGAAUGGCAACGAGAAGGAAGUAAAGGAAUAUGCACAGGUGUUUCGUGAGCACGCCAACAAGUUGAUUGAGGUGGCCAACCUGGCAUGCUCCAUUUCCAACAAUGAAGAGGGAGUGAAGCUGGUCCGCAUGGCAGCUUCUCAACUGGAAACUCUAUGCCCCCAGGUGAUUAAUGCAGCACUGGCCCUCGCUGCCAAGCCCAACAGUAAGGUGGCCCAAGACAAUAUGGACGUCUUCAAGGAUCAGUGGGAAAAGCAGGUUCGUGUCCUCACCGACGCCGUUGAUGACAUAACAUCGAUUGACGACUUCCUGUCCGUGUCUGAGAACCACAUCCUGGAGGAUGUGAACAAGUGUGUCAUUGCCCUUCAAGAAAAGGAUGUUGAUGGUUUGGAUCGCACAGCUGGGGCUAUCCGAGGCCGGGCCGCCAGAGUUGUCCAUGUUGUCACCUCUGAAAUGGACAAUUACGAACCCGGAGUGUACACAGAGAAGGUUCUGGAAGCUACUAAGCUCCUCACUAACUCAGUCAUGCCACGCUUCACAGAACAAGUGGAAUCUGCAGUGGAGGCCUUGAGUGCGAACCCCUCACAACCUGUGGAUGAGAAUGAGUUCAUUGAUGCAUCACGUCUGGUCUAUGAUGGCAUCCGCGACAUACGCAAGGCUGUCCUUAUGAUCAGAACUCCUGAAGAACUGGAUGACUCUGACUUUGAGACCGAAGAUUUUGAUUCUCGCAGCAAGACCAGCGUGCAGACGGAGGACGACCAGCUCAUUGCCGGCCAAAGUGCACGUGCCAUCAUGGCUCAAUUGCCUCAGGAGCAGAAGGCAAAGAUUGCAGAGCAGGUGGCUAGCUUCCAGGAGGAGAAGAGCAAGCUGGACGCCGAGGUUUCCAAAUGGGAUGACAGCGGCAAUGACAUCAUUGUGCUGGCUAAGCAGAUGUGCAUGAUCAUGAUGGAGAUGACGGACUUCACCAGGGGGAAGGGGCCACUGAAAAAUACAUCUGAUGUCAUCAGCGCUGCCAAGAAGAUCGCAGAGGCGGGAUCAAGGAUGGACAAACUGGGCCGCACCAUCGCUGACCUGUGUCCCGACUCUUCCUGUAAGCAGGACCUGCUCGCCUACCUGCAGCGCAUCGCCUUGUAUUGCCAUCAGCUCAACAUCUGCAGUAAAGUCAAGGCUGAAGUUCAGAAUCUGGGAGGAGAGCUGGUUGUCUCUGGGUUGGACAGUGCCAUGUCCCUUAUUCAAGCGGCCAAGAACCUGAUGAACGCCGUGGUGUCUACUGUCAAGGCUUCCUAUGUCGCCUCCACUAAGUACCAAAAGAACAAAAACAUGGAGGCCCUCAACAUGCCAGCGGUCUCCUGGAGAAUGAAAGCUCCAGAGAAGAAGCCGCUGGUGAAGAGGGAGAAGCAGGACGACGGGCAGACCAACCGAGUGAAGAGAUCCUCUCAGAAGAAGCAUGUCAACCCUGUGCAGGCUCUGAGCGAGUUUAAAGCUAUGGAUAGCAUCUAGAACCCCCCGCAGGAGGAGAGCACCAGUAUGUAACCCAAAAGUUUAGCAUAGAUAAAAAAGCCUUUAAUUGAGUCAAAUCAGAGAGCUGACAUAUGUUUGUACAGCUUCUUUGGUUGACCCAUUGUAUUCCUCCACUGCCUCAUUCCUGUCAUCCAGUUCUGCUUUAAUCUUUAGCAUUAACUGUUUCUUCUGUAGAAAGUGCAGUCAGAGGGAGAACCAGCUGGACGUGACUUUUUUUUUCCUGUGUAUGAGAAGAAAAGGUGGAAACAGAAAGUAAUUCCAAGUUUUUUUAUUUUGUUUUUUUAUUGAUAAUGUAGUUUUUUUCUAACACAUUUUAAGUGCAACUUUGGGGUUGUGAGGUUUUUUCCAUAAUUCUUUUGACAGACUGCAAAUAUCAACUAUGCAAAAUUUUCUUCCCUCUUUUAUUUCAAGCAGUAACUGUUAAUCCUGACUUAUUAGUGAGAGAUUCAGUCACGCUUCCUCCAUUAAGAACCAACUUCAGGCAGUUUUUGUAUGUGCUUGCUACUUUAAACCUAAACUAUUAUUCUGAAGCCACUUUAAACAGCUAAUAACUUUAAACUUAGCAGUUUUGUGUCACUGCUUCAACACAUGAGAAAUUAAGUUUUGUGUCUUUAUAAAUUACUCAUCUCAAAUCGCCUUCAUUGUCAGCUGUUCAUCCUGUUUUAUUCCAUAACUGCUACAUUUAUUUGAACCGACGCAUAAGGAACACACAUCCAUUCACCGUAGUCCCACUUUCUAAAGAUUUCCAAACUCCUGUGGGUGUGGAAAAGCCCAGAGGACUACAGAAUGAGCAGACUGUGUGUCAGUACUUUGUAAAGCCAAUGAGCUUAAUUUGCCUCAGUGAGACCAAGCAUCUCCACAUUCUGAAUGCGUUCAAUUUAAGGGGAUCAAUAUUUUCUCUUUCCAGUAUAAAGUUUGCCUUUAAACUUUGUAUUUCUUGUCCUUGAACACUAAGAUUUUAUAUCCGAAUCUUUAUAAAACCAUAAACGUCAAACGUGAAAAUGAAAUGCCUUUUUAAUUUGUAAUGCAUGUUUUUUUUGUUUGUUUGUUUCCCAACUGAAACCAGUGAGAUGGAGCUGUAAGAUGUGGGUGGUCAUGCAGGUCUCUGCUUUAGAGCAUUAUGUUUGUCCACAGCAACACUUUGAGAUCCUGCUGCUUUCGUCUUGGAGAUAAAACCUUUGCUGUGCUGAUAACAUCUGAACUCUAGCAGGAGUGACAUGUGAGGUUAUUGGAUGGGUUUUCUUUUCAAAGGUGGAUUCAGAAACCGAAAGUCAGUGGAUUGUAUCCCCAUCUUUUGUUCUACUGUUCGGUCUGAGUCAUGAGUGAAAUUAAACUACUUUGCUGUGGAUUUUGUUUAUUAUUAUUAUUAUUGAGAGCUGACUUGUUAGUGCAUCCAUUUCUUGUAAUAUUGUGCCUGAUUUAUAUCUUAAAUAAAAGAAAUUCAGUCCA